AUGGCCAAUUUGCUACUCGCGCAGCGCGACGGCGGACGUAUCGGCAAUCACUGGGCCGAAAAGUUCGUCAAGCGACAACCAAAACUCAAGACGCGUUUCAAUCGCGCAUACGACUUCCAGAGAGCCCUCUGCAAAGAUCUAGAGCUUAUUGGCGCGUGGUUCAAGCUUGUGCACAACAUGAGAGCGAAGUACGGCAUCCACGACUGCGACCUCUACAACUUCGACGAGACCGGCUUUAUGAUGGGCGUUAUCUGCGCGUCUAUGUGGGCAACUGUCAUCGAGUGCAUCAAUGGCGAAGGGCGGUGCCUCCCGCCGUUUCUGAUCGUGCAAGGCAUGUACCACCUCGCAAACUGGUACACAGAGAGCAACCUUCCGCUCGACUGGGCUAUCAAACCAACUUCCAAUGGGUGGACCGACAACGAGACCGGCCUAGAAUGGGUCAAACAUUUUUAUAAGCUCACAAAGUCUCGUACGAAGGGUGUGUAUCGGUUGAUUGUGCUUGAUGCGCAUGAGAGUCACCUGUCGGCCAAAUUCGAAGCCUUUUGCAAGCAGAACAACAUUGCCACCAUCAGCCUGCCGGCUCACUCAUCCCAUAUAACCCAGCCACUCGAUGUUGGGUGUUUUAGCGUCCUGAAAACGGCGUACGGUCGGCAAAUCGAGCACUUCGUCAGAGCGCAUAUCAACCACAUCACCAAGGUCGAGUUCUUCCUCGCCUUCAAAGCCGCCCACUUUGCCGCCAUGACCGAGAGCAACAACAGAGGGGGUUUCAGAGCUGCAGGUCUAGUACCCUUUGACCCCGAUUCAGUGAUAUCCAAGCUGGAUGUCAAGUUACGGAUGCCAACACCAACUGGUCCCCCCUCCGCCGCUGCCGAUCCUUGGUCCUCCCAGACGCCACGGAACCCAACAGAGGCUGUCUCGCAAUCCGAGUACAUCAAAAGUCGGAUUGCCCGUCACCAGGGAAGCUCGCCGACGCAAAUUCUCACUGCUGUCGACCAGCUUGCGAAGGGGACGCAGGCGUUGGCGCACUCGGUUGCCCUAAUGACGGCUGAGAUACGUACCUUACAGAAGGCAAAUGAGGCACUGAGCAAGCGCCGGAAGGCCAAAAAAACACGUGUGCGUCUUGGAGGAUCACUUACUGUAGGAGAUGCACAUGAUCUAUUAGCCCAGAGAGAGGUGCAGGAACAGGUAGAGCGUGAAACGCGGGAAAAUGGUGGUCGGCGGGGUCAAACAUAG